AUGAAAUUGUUGGUGUUGUGUGCGUUCGUAGCUGUGGUGGCGGCCGCCCCUCAGAAUAUUCAGGAUGUUCAAAUCCUACGCUACGACCUGAACAACGAUGGACUAGGCGCCUACAAUUACGUGUUCGAACAAACCGACGGUACUGGUCAUAAUGAAUACGGAGAGCUCAGGAACGCUGGCUCUGAAGAUGAGUUCGUUGCAGUAAAAGGUUCCUACUCCUGGAUCGGCCCCGAUGGUGUCACCUAUACCGUGAACUACGUCGCCGAUGAGAACGGCUUCCAGCCCACUAUCGAGCAAGGACCCGGUGGUGCUGUACCCUCAGCUGUCGUUGCCUCACUCCUCGGUUAA